CGCCACCCCCACCAAGGAGGCCAAUCGCUGCAGCCGCUGCAGUCGGCGUCGCCGGCCGCUCCCUCCACGCCUCCCCCUCCCUCUCUCUGCCACCCCCCACUUGGUUUAAAGUGCACGGUGGGGUGUGGGGGGGGGUUGCGGGCAAAUAUCCCCAUCAGCUGAACGUUAAAACGCCGCGGCAAGGUGGGCUACGCGAGGCGCAAACCUACAACGACUGACGUUUAUUUUUUUACUUUCUUUCCCCUUCGAUGUUCUCUCGAGUCGCUUUGCUCGCCCGGGCGCGCUGCGUCGCGCGCCUGGCGGCCGACGCGGCGCGCCCGAGAGCGGCAGCUCCGUGCGCGACCCCGUGGAGGCCUAGCGGAUGCCCGUCCUCGGCUGGAUUCUCUAUCGGCUUGCGUCGAUCCGGGGGCGGCGGCGCCGCCACCCUAGGAGGCGCCUCCCCGGGCCCGCGCGAGGAGGUGACCGUGCGGUACCUGGAGGGCGACGACGAGGGAAUCGUCGUCGUGGGUUUAAAUCGCCCAGAAGCAAAAAAUGCACUCGGCAAAACCCUAGUGAAGGCCUUAAAGGAGGUGAUGGUGGCUGUGAGAUGGAACCGCACUGUGAGAGUUGUCAUUGUAAGGAGCGAGGUGCCGGGAAUUUUCUGUGCAGGGGCCGAUCUCAAGGAAAGAGCACGGAUGCCUGAGUUAGAAGUUGGUCCUUUUGUAGCAGACCUUCGACAAUUGUCGGUGGACCUCGGAAACUUGCCGGUCCCCACAAUUGCUGCCUUGGACGGGGCAGCUCUGGGCGGCGGCCUUGAGAUGGCCCUCGCCUGUGACAUCCGCGUAGCAGCCUCUACAGCCAAGAUGGGCCUUGUUGAAACCAAGCUCGGCAUCAUUCCCGGAGCUGGUGGGACCCAGCGUCUCCCCCGCCUCGUCGGACCCUCCGUGGCGAAGGAGCUCAUCUUCUCGGCCCGCGUGCUGGACGGGGCCCAGGCGGCGGUGCUGGGCCUCGUGUCGCGAGACGUCGCUCAGAACCAACUGGGGGACGCCGCCUUCCUCUCCGCCCUCGAGCUCGCCCGCGAGAUACGCACGCAGGCCCCUGUUGCUCUCCGCAUGGCUAAGAUGGCCAUCGAUCGGGGUGUUGAGGUGGACCUGACCACGGGCAUGGCGUUUGAGCAGGCGUGCUACGCGCAGGUCAUCCCGACCAAGGAUCGUCUGGAGGGUCUCCUUGCCUUCAAGGAGAAGCGUCCUCCCCGAUACAAGGGCGAGUAAAGGAGACCCCCAGAGCAUUUUGUCCUGGGCUCGCUCCACGUUCAUAAUGGCCGGUUCAGAGCCACUGGGCCAUGUACGUAUAUGUAUGUUGAACUUCUUUUGCACCGUGCGUAGCCAACUGUGUUAAUCGGAGGUGCGUGAUCAGUAACCUCUUGGGGGGUUUGGGUUUAAGCCCUGCAUCUUGGUCUCUAUAAUCAAGGUUCACCAUUAUCAUUUAGUCCUGCCGGAAAGCCUGGAUUCUUGGGUUCAAGCUAUAGGUCAGGUGUCUCUAUCAAAGUUCCACAUUUCUAGCCCUAGGUAUCUUAGCGGGUUCACAGUCGAGACACUUUUAUUCACAAUUUUAACGUUGGUGCCGUGAGACUUAAGUAUUCACAUUCGUAUCUCUCGCACAGAUAUGAAUGUGGAAAACAGCCCACGGAAGGGGAUACUACAGAGCUACUUCUGAGAUCCCAUCAAGUGACCCCCUGGUCGACAGGGCGCUGCACUUUUCCACUCCACCUACCUACAUCGAGUAAUAAUGGUUGUAUGACAGUCAAACUCAUCAUAUUUUUAUUUUUUUACUUGUAAUGUUUGGGUUACCGGGCUGAGACCAUAAACUCACUCAUACGUGAGAACUCCGUUUAACCACAGGCAGCUGCCUGCAUUUGAAACCUGGAUCUCUGCAGUGCCAGCUCGGCACCUUCACCUCUGAGCCACCGGGGCUACCUCUGUCAUAUUAGAGACAAUUAGCUCCCAAGUGGUGCAAUCCUGGGUUCAGGCUCUAGAUCUGAGUGUAAGUAAACUGAUAAUGGACUUAAGGAAACAUCAACACCAACCUCCUUGGCUGUGUACCCUCCUUGACUGAACCAUCGAUUCACAUUCUGUGUGAUGCAAUGAAUUACCACAAUUCUGGGUCACGAUAUGAUUCAAGAAUAAAUUAUUACAUUUAUUUGUGAAUGACUUGUCUCAUUUGUACGGGCUUGCUCAGUCUUGUCUGAACUGUUUGUGUUGCCUGGUUUUUCCCAUUCUGCCUUGUCUUGAUUGUCCAUCUUGUCUUUAUCAUUCUGCAUUGUUGGAUUGGUUCGAACUGUUUUGAUUCUAUUUCGUUUGUACUCGGUUGGUUUUUGAACGUCAGUCUAAAGAACAAAAGGUGCGUACAUGUUCACGAAUCUAAAACAAUUUAUUCUUGCGAUGUGAUAAGGAUCAAAAGUUAAUGAAUGAAUUGAUGGAUCAUUGCAUGGCUGCCAGGGUGACUGUGAGUGAUCACGAAUGGAGACCGCCCUCUAGUGUUAGACACUGCUGUGUGACCGUCCCAUUUCAUUCAAUGAGCCGUGAAAUCUGGAGCCACAUUUUCGCGCGUCAGGUUUGCUGUGAUACACUGGGAAUAUUCCGAGCACAUUUCUAAAAUCUAAUGCUUGUAUGGUGUGAGAUGUCAAUCAGGAGAUCAAUAAAUAUAUUUUGUUUUAAAAA